UAUGUACCUGUUUUUAAACAAUUGAAUUAAAACUUUUCAGUAAUAAAUGAACACCAGCGAUGUUUCCAACAGAUGCAACCAUGCUCAUUUACUAUAGCAGCCAUCUUGUUAAAGUUUUAUUUUUAUAGACUUAUAGCGCAAGAUUCAGGCAUUGUAGAAAUCAGUGCAUGAUAAUGAUGGAAGAGGUCGAAGAAACUGAGGUAAAUGAUCAAAUGAAAGAAGCUAAACUGGAAAAGAAUGCAGCCAAUGAUUUAGAUGAGACAACUGAAGUAUUAAUGACUGAUAUGAAACUUGAAGAUGAAAUUGAUGAAAUUCGUGAAACAGAACCAGGGUUCAACUGGACUUACCACAUAGAGAUUUAUCCUUGGAAUGCUGAUGAUAUGACAGAAAACUUUGUUCGCCUCAUCAAACUUGCUCAGUUUUCUCAAAUUUUUAUGAGAAAAAAAGGGACGGGUAAAGAAAGUGGUGAAGGUGAAACAAUUGAUGAUAAAUUACCAGCUAGACAAAGAAAAGGGGUGCUACAUCUAUAUACAGACUCAUGGCAGAAUGCAAAAAAUAUUAUGAGAAGUGCAACUUGGAAAAAAAUGGCUGCCAAGCUACUAAGUUUUGAUAUUAUUAAGAAGGGUCCAGAAGUUGGUCAGAUAGAGACUGCUCACUUGGAGCUGGAUACAUACUUAGCUAGCAAAGCUCGCUUCAGGGAUAAACCCAAAGGAGAGUUAAUCAAUCAUUCUGCAAAAGUAUCCAACCUCCCGGGAACUAUUUCUCGGGAAUUUUUGGAUGUGGUUUUCAGUCGAGCGUAUGCUGUGAUUGGUGGGACCAAUGUGAGGGAAUAUCUUAUAGAAAAGGAAGGGAAGUUACAACAAAAACUAAAUGAAAUCAAAGAUUUCAAUGGAACUCUUGACUUUGAUUGUCUACGAAGGGGAAGCUGUAGAGCAUUUGUUCUUGCCCACAAAAGUGUCCUCAUAGAUGGGAAAAAUAUUUGUAUUGAAGCCAAAGACAAGGAAACAAUGAAUGCAGGUGCAAACAAGAUGCCAGAAAAGGAGACAGUGACAACUACACAAGGUGCAAGGGAUAGAAAACCAGGGCCUGGUAUGCCAGUACCCAUGACAGGGAGGCAGAAAAUGAAUGAGAAAAUGAGGAGAAAUAAUUUUGCGCUGGCAGCACAUCACAGUGGGAUGUAUCCAAUGCCAGGACACUUAUUAGGGGCCAGAGGGCCAGUGCCUAAUUCUGUUGGAGACUCCUUUAAGCAAGAAAUAGCAUUUUUACAAAAUGAGUUAGAAAGGAGCACUCAAGCUUUGGAGGCCAAAAUAGCCAUGUUACAACACACAAGCCAUGAAGCUGCAUUUUAUGAUGGAAAUAUAAAUGUUUAUGACACUAGAGAUUGGUUGAAUGAAGACAUUGGCUAUGCUGGUGGAGGUUACAGCAGUGAGAACUUUGUACCACCAGAAAUGCCGGACUUCCAUUUUCCAGCACCACCACUAGUAAGAAAUAGAAGACCCAUGCUGCCAGGGUUUGUGGGUGGUCCCAUCCAACCCCCUCCACAAACAUACCCACAAGACACAAGAGGAAUGAGGAGGGGCAGAUCACACCCUAGAGGAAAUGCCAAUUCUUAUUGGUAGCAUAAUGGAAGAAUAAAAUCAAGCAGUUUGGAUGGACUAUUUUUGUGUGGAAUAUAAUUAUGUUGGGGUUUAUCUUAUUUUUUUACAUUGCCGAUUGUUAUGAAACAUAAAUGAAUUACUGAUGUACUUGAGCUGACCGCUAGCUCAUAAUUAGCUUGGUGCAUGAAAUGCCUAAAUAACCAAAGUUGUAGCUACAUAGACUAGGAUGACCAAUGAUGAACCUGCAAGGGCUUCUAAAUCCAAUACAUGAGUGGAUGUGAAGAAUAAUCAGGUUAAAGUUGAUUUGAGUGUCUGAAUAGUGUGCAGUGAAGUCCCUUUUUAAUGUUAAGUUGAUAAAUGCAAGAUUACUUUGAUUUUUUGUGUAUGCACUUUUGCUCAUUUCAAGGCACUUAAAAAAGUUUAGAUUUAGAAUUAAAAUGAGUAAGAGUAAAAGUAUCACAGUUCCUUACUACAUGAAACUAAUACCACAGAAUGGUUAAUGUGCUUACAUUUGUGUACAUUAUUUAUGCAUUUAAAUAAUUAAUUAUAAUCGUUAAUUUUUUUUUUUACAUUAGGAGUUGGAUUAAAUCUAAAAUAAUGCUAAAUUGACUUGCAUACUGACUUUGA